AGGCCGCUGGGUUCUUUGGCUGCACCAGCGUGCGUGAGUAGCCAUGGCGGGGUUGCUCCGGUCAGCCGUGUGGCUUCGUUCGCGUCUCUUGCUCUGGCGAGGGGGAUGCGCCCUUCCGGGGCCCGUCCCGUCACCGCUGCCCUCGGCUGCCCUCCGACGCUUUAACAGCAACCCCAGCAGAGCAUUCCUAAUGUAUCCCACAAGGCUCUUUGCAAUUGCAGUCCAAGAAAACAGAGAUGUUCAAGAGCAGUUACCUAUUCAACAAAAGCAGAUACAAUUUUUUGAUUGGGCCUUUAACAAAAUGGACAGUUCUAUCAGAAGACAUGGGUGCAUUACUAAAUCCCUGUUAGAAGACAUAUUUCAUGAUGCCUGCAAAACAGGAUUUCCAAAUGGUAACCAGGCCUUGCUGCUGUUAAGAAGCUGUGGCUCACUGUUGCCUGAGCUACCUCCACUUGAAAGAACAGCACUUGCUCAUACCAUGUGGACAAAACUGAAAGGGGCUGGUGUUGUAUUCGACGUCAGCCAUUAUAACGCUUUGCUAAAAGUUUAUCUCCAGAAUGAACAUGAUUUUUCUCCAGAUGAAUUCCUAACAAAAAUGGAAGAGGCAAAUGUCCAGCCUAAUCGGGUCACAUAUCAGCGACUGAUUGCUGCUUAUUGCAACAAGGGAGAUAUUGAUGGUUCCAGCAAAAUUCUUAAUAUUAUGAAAAGCAAAGAUCUCCCAAUAACAGAGUUGAUUUUCAGCGCCCUUGUCACUGGUCAUGCAAAAGCUGGAGAUAUGGACAAUGCAGUCAACAUCCUUUCUGUCAUGAGAGACACUAAAAUUGAACCUGGUUCGGACACUUAUUUGGCACUCUUGAAUGCAUAUGCUGAGAAAGGCAACAUAAACCAAAUUGAAGAGGAACUAAAAAAUGUUGAAAGGGCUGAAAUUUAUCUUUCUGAAAGAGAUUUUAUGGAUAUCAUUUUUACUCUUGCUAAGGCUGGAUAUUCUCAGUAUGUACAAAAUAUUCUGGAGAAGAUAAAGUUUAGUAAAGAAAGCAUACCAGAUGUAAAGAAUCUUUGCCUGAGAUUAAUAACAUUUAACUUAGAAGAUACAGCUUUUGAAGUUCUGCAUUCAGUUUUUGUGGCAUUAGGGCUCACCUGUGAAAAACACAAUACCCAGUGCAACUUUUUCUUACGACAUUGUAUAAAUAUGGAAACGCCCUUGGCCAAAUUGAAAUAUUUCUGCAGUGAGCUAAAAGCAAGCAACUUACACCCUUCACCUCUAUUGUCAAGUUUAUCCUUUGCAUUGGAAGCAAAGAAAACUGAUUUAUCUAUUGAUAUAAUGAAGAUAAUAAAAGAAGAAGGCUUAUGUCUUAAACCUCACUAUUUUUGGCCAUUGCUGGCUCAGCACCAGGAAAAGAAAAACCCUGAAGAUAUAAUUAAUGUCCUCAAAACUAUGGAUGAAUUGGAGGUAGAGCCAACUAUUGACACCUAUUUAUUAUAUGUUUUCACAAAUUUGGAUAACCUUGACCCUGUUCGCCAGAGGAUUCAGGAAAAAGGCAAUCCUUUGGAAACCAAUAGAUUCUUAGCAGCAGAAAUCAGGCAUGAAGCUUCACAUGGCAGACUGGAUAAAGUUUAUCAGUUAUUAUCUUCUCCAAACACCUGGACAACGGACAGGAAUCAUAUCAGGAACAGUAUAAUCCUUGGAUUUAGAAGGUGUACUGAUGUUGAUCUUUGGAUCAAGAUAACGGAACUGUUGUAUAUGGAGGAACAGAAGGCUGAACAAGAAACUGAAAAUAUUGGCCGUUUUCUUUAUUCCUUGAUUGACAACAUGACUGACUCAGAGGUACAGGACAAGGAGGAGCAGUUGAGACAAUACUUCCAUCAGCUGCAGAAGAUGAAUAUAACGAUUCUUCCUACCUACUACAAAGGUAUUCGCAAAGUGCUGAUUGAAUACAACGUUCCCAAUUUAAUUAAGUCCUUGAUUAAUUCAGUAAAUUUGGAGGAGAAACUUCAACAAUUUAAAGCUGAAAACAAACCCAUUGGAGAUAUUCUAAAGAACUUUAUAGUUGCUCUGUGUUCAGAAAAGAAUAUGCAGAAAGCUCUUGAAAUAAAAGCCAAAUAUGAAUUCGACAUGAAUGUUGUGGGCUAUGGAGCCUUAAUACGCCUUUGCUGUCAAAAUGAUAAUGUAGAGGAAGCAAUGAACCUGAAAGAAGAAUUUUGCCGUAAAGAUUCAUCUGAUGUUCUUGAAUUAAAUACUUACCUAGAAUUGAUUAAGAUUUUGAUGAAACAUGAAAGACUGGAUGAUGCUAUUAACAUUUUAAAGGAGAUGAAAGAGAAGAAUGUCUGUAUUAAAGAUUCAGCUGUCACACAAUGUUUCCAUAUCCUUAAUAAUGUAGCCUUCAAAGGUGAAGUUGAAAAGGUGAAUCAGCUGCAUGAGGCUAUGGUAGACCUGCUGUUACCACAGUCUUCUGUAAAAUUGUGUUCUCCCCUUGUUACUGUUCACUUGAAGAGGGAUGACUUAUUAACAGCGGUGGAAGUGUUAUUUGAUUGCUAUAGGAAGUAUGGUGGGCUGCCUAGACUUCAUGAAAUCUUAUGUGGAUUAAUAGAGAAGGGAGACACCGAAACAGUGAAGAAAGUUUUUGACUUUCUCACCGAAGAGAAAAAACAGAUGGGAAUGAUGUUUGAUCUCUUCUUUGCCUUUCUGGCAACUGGCAAAUACAAAGAAGCCAAGAAGAUCAUUGAGACACCUGGCCUAAGAGCAAAAUCAGAAAGAAUGGAAUGGUUUGCAAACAAAUGUAUUGCAAAUAAUAAUGGUGAGAGCCUGGAAGCCAUGGUAACACUGACUCAAAACCUCUUUGAUUGUGAUAGAGAUCAGAUGUAUUAUUCUCUGUUAUUAUUAUGCCGGAAAAAUAAUGAUUUGGAAAAGGCUGAAUCUGUUUGGACUAAAAUGCAGGAAGAAAACAUUGUUCCCCGUUCAAGAACUUUGCAUUUGCUAGGACAUAUUUUUAAAGCUAAUAAUCAGAAAAUUCCAUUUACUGUACCUGAGAAUUGGUAUGAAAGCGAUGAUGAUUCUGCAGCUGUUGGCUUGUCACCACUUCCUCAGCAAAUAUAUCAAGUUAAUGAAAAAAUAGACCAAUUUUGUAAAAAUGGUAACCCCAAAGAGGCAUACAAACUUUUUCUAAUGGCAAAGGACGUUGUACUUAAUGUCGGUUGUUACAACAAUCUUAUCAAAGCAUUGCUCAGCCAUGGUUCUCUUACAGAAGCAAUGGAAGUUAAAAAGAUCGCUGAGAACCACAUCAAGGGCUUCGUGCUGAACGAUGCUGCCAGCAGCCUCCUCAUCUUAACGCAAGUUAGGCGGGAUUAUUUGAAAGAAGCAAUGUCCUCCCUUGAUGCACUUCUUAAAAAUGGUAGGAUACCCAGUCAACUAGCAAUUAUUCGUCUUGUUCAGGCAUUCGCUCAGAAGGGAGAUGAAGAGAGUAUAAGGGAAAUUGAGAAAUUAAUAGAACCCCUCCAUGGGAUUCUUAAAGUACCAAAAAUGCUUUUCAUCAACAACACUGCGUUGGCUCACAUCAAAAACAAUAACUGCGAUGCUGCCACAGAAUACAUUGAGGAGAAAUUCAUUUCUAGACAACUGACUGAAGAGGCUAACUUAUCCUUUGUAUUCAAAAAAGUGAUUGAAGACAAAGAAGAAACAGCUUUGGAAAAACUGAGUGCCAUGGCUGAAAGAUUGGCAAAUCAGUUUGGAAUUUAUAAGCCUGUUACAAACCUUUUCCUUCAGUACAUAGAACAAGAAAACAUGAAUGAUGCUGAGCUUCUUCUACAGAGAAACAAAGCAAUAAGUGAACAAAAGAGUUAUAUCAUAGCUUUUAUUAUACAGAAAUCCAGGACCAAAGGACAGAGCAAAAAGAUCAGGACUUUACGGGACCUGAUACCUGAUUUCAAAGAUCAAGACCAAUUGUUCCACUACCUCCUGAAAAGCUACUACUUGGAAAAGGAUGUAGUUUCAUGUAAAGCUCUGUAUGAAGAAAUGAAAGCAAAAAAUAUUCACUUAAAUGACCUGUGUUUGAAACGUUUGGCAGUCCUUCUGAAAGAAUUCGGACAACCUGUUCCUUUCACUGAACCUCCUGAAAGCUUCACAUUCUACGCAGAGAAGUUAAGGAGUGAAAAGGAGUCACAUUCAUCCGAUGAUGAUUAACUUGUUUAUAUAUUAGCUUCUGUUAGAAAUACUGUGAUUAUUGUAAAAGGGCCUGUUUUAAAUUCUGUGUUAUUGUCAGAAAAUAAAGGUGAAAAAAUAGGACUUUUUGUGUAAUGUAACUGACUUCUAUACCAUUACAGAUUUACACUAGUUUUACCCUGAAGGUUGCUUUUGCUGCUAACAAAAAUAUAUAUAAAAGAGUUACAUGUGAACUAUAUGCUGUAUUUUUCGGAAUAUAAGACACACUUCCCCCCCCCCUCCAAAAAGAGGGUGAAAAUUUGGGUGCAUCUUAUACACUGAAUGUAGCCAUAAACACAAGACACUGAGGCGGUGAUGGUCUUUGGCAAUCCCUGCAGCCUGGAACAGCUGAUUGGGGGUAUUCCGGAAGGCCGAUCCACCCGCCAAUCAGUUGCUUGUGCUGAAUCAGGCUGCAAUAAUGUGCUGAAACUGACCUGGCUAUUUGCUAUUUGCUGCAAGGACUCAGAGUUUGCAGCAGCAAUCACAUCCAGAAAGCACACACAAGUAAUUGAUUUAGCAGGAUUCAAUAACUUCUCUUUAUAUAUAAUAUAACACAUGAAAUAAAAUAUACAAUACCAAAAGCAGGUUUUCCAAGCAAAACACAAGCAGAGGAGAGGAAUUUCAGUUUCAGUUUUGAGCAGCAUACUAGUUUGCAGCUUUAGCACAGACUCAGAGCUGCAUACCUAAACCACAGAUUUCCAUUGCCCAGGCUCUUUGCUGUCUCCUUCCUUGUUGCUCACACAGCAAAUACUGUUUCAGUUUCCAAACAGCCCUCAACUCUCUCUCUCACACUGACAGGACCCAAGCCAGAUGAAUACCGAUGGAUGCUAGUAGGCAGAGGCAGAUUUUUUUUUCUUAUUUUCCUCCUCAAACACUAAGGUGCGUCUUAUACUCCGAAAAAUACGGUAUAUCACUGUUUCUUCAUUUCUUCUGGUCUGCAUUCAUUUUGCUACCUACCCUCAGCACAUCUAUUCCAGUAAAAUUCUGGCUUCAAAGAAUAAAGUUGUGCAUGUAUUCAUGAUUUGUUUUUAAAAAAGAAAAAAAAAAACCGAGUGAUUGGAUUAUAAGUAAGGGGAAACCAGCACAAAAAACUAAGACAAUAUCUAUAACGGGUGACAAACAGCUAUAGUCAGCCAACAGAAAGAGUUGUAAUUUUUCCAAAAACCUUCUGAUCCCUAAAAACUCUUCAUUUUUUCUAAUUGUUUUUGAUUGAAUUUCCAAUCUUUUCUCACAUGUAAAUGGGGUAAAAUAAGGAUACUUCUGAUACCAGAUUCAACUGCAGCAAUUAAAUUUCAGAUUUCUGUAGCUCUUUCAAAGUUCAGAAUUCGCUCAGACUCCAAAACCAUAGAUAAUCCUCAUCCUCACCAGUAUUAUAUUGUAUAUAUUUCCUUGAAAAUGUUAGUUCCUUUUUAGAAAAUCUGCAAAUUUCAUUAAUGGUCACUGUACGAAUGCAAAGCUCUGUAAUUAUUUUUACGGGUGCAGAAAAUUGUGAGAUGGGCAGUUAUACAAAUCAAAUAAAUAAUCAGAAAUAAUUAA